AUGAGCUCAAAUCCGUCUGAUGAGCAGUUGAAGCAAGCAGGAAUCAACAACCCCAAUCCUGUUGGCCCUCCUCAACCUGGGAUUGGGGCACAACAAACAACUCCUUCAGCUCCACAAGCAGCUCCUCCACCAGGUCCAGGAGUUGGAAAAGCGAGAUUACAAUGCCAUGCGUGUAACAGACUUCUUGAGUAUGACGCCGGAGCUCAAUAUGUUCAGUGCUUCAGCUGCACCACCAUGAAUGCCGUACAACCAGGUACUCAGAUCGGAGGAAGGGUGCUAUCAAUGUUGUGCGCCAUUUGUCAUACUACUAAUUUGGCUCCCUACGGCAUCAAUUAUGUUCGUUGUGGAACUUGCAGCACAAUAUCGCAAGUGACACAUGCUUAUAAUCGGCAGCCACAGCCCGGCCAACAUUCAGGCCAGGAACAACAAGCUCAGUCGCAAUCCCAACCAACGCAACAACAGGCCGCUGAAUUUGUUCAACAACCACAAGUUUAUGAAGAGCCACCACAAGCUCAGGAAGAGAAUGUCAAUAUUGCCAGCCAGAUUUGA